AUGGAAGGCUGCUGGACUGUGACCAUCAGCUCGGAGCUGGUCUACACGUUCCCAACGCUCCUGCAUCUCUCUGCCGAAGAGAUUGUGGCGAUCUGGGAUGCUGUGUCUGAUUACAUCCUGGAACAGAUGAAGCUGGACAAGGGAGUCCUGGUCCCGGGACUCGGGCUCUUUGCUGCGGUCCGAGAGCAAAGAAACCGCCACUGCAAAGAAGUGGCGGUGUUGGUCCGAAGACCUGUCUUCCAGCUGGACAUCGGGGUGCUGUGGCUGCAGGACCUCCAGUCGCCCACCGACAUCAUCCCCGACGAUGUCAAGAUUGAGCGGCUGAACUACCGGCAGCUCUCGCGAGCCACCGGCAUCUCGCUGCACGUGGUGCAGCGCUGCUACGAGGACGACUUCCUCUGCAUGAGGUUCUUGUCCAGCUGCAUUACAACGCUGGAGAGCAAUGCCAGCCUGACUGCACUGCUCCACACUAGAAUUUGGCCGGCCCGUUCUGCUGACUUCGGGUCAGAGACUACCGCUCAUGGAAUCCAGGUGUUGCCGAGGUUUCAGCUCGCUGUGAAAAAGAGCAGAGCAGAGGCCGCCGCAGAAAGGAACGCUGCAGUGGCGCGGAAGAUGAGUAGAGGGGGCACUGCCGGCAGGCUGCUACAGAAGCGGAAGACACUUCCCCCCUCCAUGCUGCUGCAAUACCAGGCAGGCUCAAGGCAGCAAGAUGUGGCAAAGAAGCCUUCUGCCAGCGUGCUCCCGCCGUGUGCAGGCAGCUCCCACGGGAGAAAGCAAGCAGGACAGAAGGAACCAUCUACUCCUGCCCAGACCAGCACUGCACUCCCUGCGACAGAGGACUCUAAGAGAGUGCUGCAGGAGCUCCGGGAAGUGUCUGCCCUGUGGAAUGAAGCAGACCGCACGUGGCCCGUGUACCAGCAGCAGCGGUUUGCCAGUGCGAGCGUGUGGGCUCCGCGUCCUCCAGCCCAGCCCCGGGGACAGCAAGUGAGGAGGAGGUGGAGGAAGGAUGUGGAUCCUCCGCCGGGAAGUAAAAUGGGAACAGCGACCAAGCUGGCACUGCAUGCCGACCUCCUCUCCCCGCGAGCAGCUCAGGUGCUCCAAAGGUUGGAGCCCCACCUCCAUCAGCAAGAGGCUUUUGCUGACACCGCGGAAAGAAACCGGCAGAAGCUGGAGCUGAAGCGGCAGCUCCCCUGUGCUCGAUGCUCGUACCGCUCCAGAGGGGAAGGUGCUGGCAACAGUGCUGGAGCUGUCGGCAAGGGGGCUGGGAAGCUGUCCGGAUUUCCACCUGUGAAUGGCAAAUCGUAGAAUCAAAGACUUGUAGAAUGGCCUGGGUUGAAAAGGACC